CUUGGGGCUGCAUAGCGAUAGGACAGGGAGUAGCAGCCUAAAAGUUGAAGAUAAUUCCAUUUAGACAUGUGAAAGAGCUGCUUUUCAUUAAGGGUGAUGGAGCACUGGAACAGACUGCCCAGAGGGGUGGUGCAGUCUCUUUCUGUGGAGCUAUUUAAGAUCAUCUGGAUGCCUGUCUGUGCAACCUGCUGUAAGGAACCUGCUUGAACAGUGAGGUUGGGCUUGGUUGUUUCUCGAGGUCCCUUCCAAUCCCUGCAAUUCUGUGACUUUUUGCUGUGUAAGUUGAAGAAUUUAUCACCCUGCCAUACUGCAGGCAGACUGCAGGUGCCAGCAUCACACCAGCUUUGGAACUGCCACACACUCAAAUCUGUCAGUUAUUUGGAGAUGGUUUUACAGCUGAGGGGUCAGUGUGGAUGUGGAAAUCAUCCUUGUGGAAAUCUUUGGGAUGUUAUUGAAGUGAAAUAGUACACAGACAGCUGUUGAGCCAGUGACAGCAUACUGUAGGUGUGUUGGUUGCUCUUUUUACCCACUGCAUUCAUCUGUUUCUUUUAUGGAAGAAGAAGGUGUUAUUUAUGGCCAGGAAGUUUGAAAUGAAUGACAUUGUGGUCUCUGAAAGAAAAAAGACAGCAAAUUGGUGAGGGUUGCAAAAAAAAAAUGUGAAUGCUUAAAUCUUGUUCUAUCAGGGAGGCUGAAGUUGGAGCUGCAUGCCUGGUGUUCACAUUGAAAGUUUGGGAAGUAGUUUCUUAUCUUUUGAAUGACGUGGUUUGUUGAAGCCACAUCAUAUGCCUCAGUGUGCUUUUUUUAUUACAGGUAUCUUCAGCCUCCAGGAACUUGGAUUCAGUGUGCCUUAGAAUCAAGAGAGCUUCUUGCUUUGUGUCUUAAAAAAAUUAAAGCUUCACUUAGCAAGGUCCGGCUGAUCGACGCAGGCUUUAUUUGGACUGAACCACAUUCUAAGAGAUUGAAGCUGAAACUGACUGUUCAGAAGGAGGUGAUAAAUGGAGCAGUUCUUCAGCAAGUGUUUGUGGUGGAAUAUCUGAUUCAGUCGCAGAUGUGUGAAGACUGUCAUAGGAUUGAAGCUAAGGAUUUCUGGAAAGCUGUGGUUCAGGUCAGGCAGAAGACUCUGCACAAAAAGACUUUCUACUAUUUGGAGCAGCUGAUUUUAAAACACAGGCUUCAUCAAAAUACACUUCGCAUCAAGGAAAUCCAUGAUGGCCUGGAUUUUUAUUAUUCUUCGAAGCAACACGCUCAGAAGAUGGUAGACUUUCUUCAGUGUACAGUUCCAUCUAGGUCGAAAUCAUCCCAGCGCUUGACCUCACAUGAUGUUCAUAGUAAUGUCUACAACUACAAAAGCACUUUCUCCGUGGAAAUUGUUCCAGUAUGCAAGGACAAUGUUGUAUGUCUGUCACCAAAACUGGCACAGAGUCUUGGUAACAUGAGCCAGAUCUGUGUGUGCAUUAGAGUUACAAGUACUGUCCACCUCAUUGAUCCUAGCACUCUGCAGAUUGCUGAAAUUGAUGGAAAUACCUACUGGCGCCAUCCUUUCAAUAGCUUGUUCAACCCAAAGCAGCUUGAGGAAUUUAUUGUUAUGGACAUCAAUCGAGUUCAAGAAAAGAAGAAACCUGCAGGUGCAGGGGCAAGAUCAAAUAAACACACGCUGGCUGAAGCCUGGGUAAAGAAAACCUCGGAGCUGAGUACAGACCAUCAGUAUUUCUGCUGCACUCACUUGGGACACAUUCUAAAUCCUGGUGACCUUGUCUUAGGAUUUGACUUGGCCAACUGUAACUUGAAUGACGAGUUUGUGAAUAAGAUGAGCCCACACAACGUCCCUGACGUGGUACUGAUAAAGAAGAGCUACGACCGUGCCAAGCGCCAGCAUCGCAGAAACUGGAAACUGAAAGAGCUGGAAAGAGACAGAGAAGGCAUGGAUACAGAUGAUGAAAGACAAUACCAGGACUUCCUUGAAGAUCUGGAAGAAGAUGAAGCCAUAAGGAAAAACGUCAACAUUUACAGAAAUGCAGACAUUCCAGUGGAGAGUGACACAGAUGAUGAUGGGGCCCCUCGGAUCAGUCUGGCUGAAAUGCUGGAGGAUCUCCAUAUUUCUGAGGAUGCCACUGGUGGGGAAGGAGCAAAUAUGCUGACAGAAUAAGCAUAGUGCAUUAAGCAGUGCAAUUAGUAUUUGCCUGGGGAGGAAAAUGUACCCCAUAUAAGCAAACAUUAUGAACUGUGAUCACAUGAAUAUGGAAAGUAAUGUUUUAGCUACAGCCAUGCCUCUAAAUCACAUUUCUGAAUUGAUAUUUCAUAUAUAAUUAUCUAGAAGAUCAGUGACUGCAGUUAAGCUUCUGUGCAAACACUGUCAUAUGAGUUCCACAAGUUCUUCUCAUCUCUGAGUGUUUUCUCCUUGCAACUUCUUGUAAGGUAAAGACCAGGCGACUAACUUCAGUUGUAUCCACUGAGAAUAUUAAUUGUUCUGCACCUAAGACUGCUAAUAAAGAAAAAUGUCCAUCAAGAGAGAUUUUGUUCUGGUUUGCUAGACUUGUAGGUACAAUACCUUACCUACUGUUUAUUGUUUUCAUUUAUUUACCUGAAAUGGAUUUUUCCUGUCUUAAUCUUUUUGGCACAACGAUUUAUUGAAGACUUUCAUUAUGAUGACAGUUUAUUCCAUAUAACAGUAUUUUGGGGAGGUUUAAGAGUUUUGUGAUGCUGUCAAUAAGGGAAUUCCAACUAUUUCUGUUAUGUACACAAAAACGCUUUGUUGUAAAUUGAUUGAACACGCAGCCCACAAUCAGAAAGAUUUGAGACUUCUUUUAAAUGGUAAUGAAUAUUGUAUUGUACUGUAUUUCAUGCUUGUAUCAGUGGAUUAAAUGCAGUUUGCAUAAUCUGAGUAAUACACUGAGAGAUACUGUACAUAAAGAUUUUUUUGUCUCAGAGUCUGCCUGAGUUUUCGCAGGUAAUAAACUGGUUGGACAACAA